AUGGCUGCAGUGCGCGUGUUUGCCACGGGACUCGUGGUUUUUAUCGUCGGCGGAGCCAGCGCCUUGCCGUCCCAACCCUACACAGGUGGGCCAUCGCCUCCGUAUCCGGUUGGCCAUUCACCGGGAAUGCCGGUGCCGGAGAUUCCUCCGCCUCCGGGUUUUAAGCCUGGCGUUAUUCCCAACCCCCCUUACCCGACUGGACAUCCACCGGGAAUGCCGGUGCCGGAGAUUCCUCCGCCUCCGGGUUUUAUGCCUGAGGCUAUUCCCAACCCCCCUUACCCGACUGGACAUCCACCGGGAAUGCCGGUGCCAGAGAUUCCUCCGUCUCCGGGUUUUAUGCCUGAGGCUAUUCCCAACCCCCCUUACCCGACUGGACAUCCACCGGGAAUGCCGGUGCCAGAGAUUCCUCCGCCUCCGGGUUUUAAGCCUGGCGUUAUUCCCAACCCCCCUUACCCGACUGGACAUCCACCGGGAAUGCCGGUGCCGGAGAUUCCUCCGCCUCCGGGUUUUAAGCCUGGCGUUAUUCCCAACCCCCCUUACCCGACUGGACAUCCACCGGGAAUGCCGGUGCCGGAGAUACCGCUUUAUCCUCCUGUUCAUAUACUCCCGUUUACUACAACGACGACAGCUGCUCCAAGCGUGCUGGUGUAUCAUCUUCCUGUUAGAUACCCGCCGCCAGCUGUAGUCCCAGUUCCAGUCCGUGUGGGAGGGGCGGAAGUCGACCGCCAAUUACGCAACGCAAUCAAGGCACAUCGCCAUAAUAGGGGCUCUGGGUCUGGAUCGUUUUUUAAAGCAGCUCUGCUCCUUGUACUGGCAGCUGCAUCGGUUCGUGCGAUUAACAGCGGACAGCGAAUGACCGUUUCAGAGGCUAAUGGAGAUGCUUAG